AUGGCACCUCAAUUGAAAAACCCCCACCUCUUCCAAUCAAAGCCAUUCAUCAAUGGCCAAUGGUACGACUCGAAAUCCACAAAGACGUUCAAGGUUUACGAUCCCGCAACUGAAGAAGUGAUCGUCGAACUCCCAGAUCAGACCCCGGAGGAAAUCGCAGAGGCCAUCAAAAUCACAAGCAAUGCUUUUGAAACAUACAAGAAAACCAGCGCCCAUGAUAGAUCCCGCUGGUUGAGAAACUUGUACAAUCUCAUGAUGGAAAACUUGGAUGACUUGGCUGCGAUUAUUACGUGGGAAAACGGCAAGUGUCUCACAGAUGCCAUUGGAGAGGUGAAGUAUGGUGCUUCCUAUUUCGAGUGGUUCGCGGAGGAGGCCAAGAGAAAUUACGGACACACCAUUCAGCCCGCCAAUCCCAACAAUAAGAUAGUCACAUAUAAACAGCCCGUGGGACCCGUGGGAUUGUUAUGCCCAUUCAAUUUCCCAUCGGCCAUGGGCGCUCGUAAAGCUGCUCCUGCUUUUGCUGUAGGUUGUACUUGUAUCUUGAAGCCAGAUGGUCAGACUCCAUUGUCUUCUUUGGCCCUUGCGUACUUGGCCGACCAGGCUGGAUUUCCCAAGGGAGUAUUCAAUGUUGUUUUGGUGAGUGUCGAAUCAACUCCCGCUUGUGGUUUGGAAUUCUGCGAGUCGCCUCUUAUUAAAAAGAUCUCCUUCACUGGUUCUACUCCAGUUGGAAAAUUGUUGUACAAGCAAUCCUCCCUGACUUUGAAGAAGAUGUCCAUGGAGUUGGGAGGAAAUGCACCAAUUAUUGUUUUUGAUGAUGCCGAUCUUGAGCUUGCUGUUGAGCAAUCUAUUGCAAGUAAAUUCCGGUCUUUGGGCCAAACCUGUGUUUGUGCCAACAGACUCUAUGUUCAAUCUGGAGUGUACGACAAAUUCAUCUCUAUGUUCGCAGAUAAAGUUCGCCAAUUCAAGAUUGGAAAUGGCUUCGAUGAAGGAGUGACCCAUGGAUGUUUAAUUAAUACCAAAGCCAUGAGAAAGGUCGAAGAGCAUGUGGAAGACGCUCUUUCUAAGGGUGCCCUGAUUGUUGUCGAAGGAGGAGAGCUUCCAAAACUCGGAAAACAUUUCUAUGCUCCUUAUGUGUUGAAGGAUAUUACAAACGACAUGAAGGUGCACAAUGAAGAGACUUUUGGUCCGUUGGCGGCCAUUUUCAAGUUCGAAACCAAGGAGGAAGUACUCAAAGAAUGUAAUGCCACUCCAUAUGGUUUGGCUGCCUAUGUGUUUUCGGAAAACUUGAAUACCGUCUACACUGUUUCAGAAGACCUCGAGGCGGGUAUGGUCAGUGUCAACACCGGACUUUUCACAGACGCUGCUUUACCUUUUGGUGGUGUCAAAGAGUCAGGUUUCGGCCGGGAGGGUUCGCUUUACGGUAUGGAUGACUACACGGUAGUCAAGUCCAUGGUGCUUGGAAAUGUUUAUCGAUAG